AUGAGUCGUAAAGAGCAGGAAAGUGUGACGACGACGGUUUACGCCGUGCGUUUAGUGCACGCUUUGGUGCUUUGGUUGGCGGUGGUAUUCUUUGGGAUAUCUGUGGUGUUCCUUAAACGUCGUCUGCCGCGGGCUACUCCGAUUUCUUUUUACUUCUGCUGUCUGUUGGGCAUCGGCGGUGUUUUCGUCUCCGCCCUCUAUCAGCUGGCCGGUCCCCGGUCUGCGCGCGGUGGUGGAGGUAUUUUUUGGGUGACUUGGGCGGGUCUUCUCUGCUGGCUUUUGCUCUUGAUGCGCUCUGUGCGUCACGCAAAUCUCCCAGACGUAUUGUUUGUCUUCCUGUUGCUUGCGCUUGUGGGUAUGGAGUGCACCGGAAUAGUACUGCAGUUUAUCUCCACUCGUUCUCGAAUUGCGGACAUUCUCAUGGAUGCUUUUAUUGCGGUGCCGCACAUGCUUGCCUUUGUUACGCUUGUGGGGUGGGAUUGGCUGAUGGUGAAUGACAUUGCCCUCGUGUUUCGCGAAAACACCCCAAUGGAAGGAGGCAGAUACGAGGGAAAUAAUAAGGAUGAUGAUGAUGAUGAUGGCGGCCUUGGCCAUGCCCAUGACAAAAAGCCCCAUGCGUUUUUUUUGCUUCCUCCUAGUCAAGAUAUUUUCAUACAGAGCUCGGCCGCGUCCUCUUCGUUUGGUGAGAGUUUGCGCUUUGAUGGGCACACGUCCAUCAUCCGAACCAUCGUGCGUCACUGGGGUUCGACGUAUUUCCUCCUCGCACUCGUGCGUCUCUUGUAUGAUUUUGGUGGACUUCUUCCGGCGUAUCUUCUUCGUCAAUUGGUGGACAAUCUUAUGCAGGCGAAAACAAGUGGAAAGAAAGGGAAGGAUGGAGGAGCGGACAUCCACAUGUCUAUUAUCAGUGUUCUGCUUAUUGUUAUAAUUACCCUGACCUGCACGUUUCUUCGUGUGCAUUACAACAUGAAACUACAGAAGAUGUCGCUUUACAACCGAAAUCUUCUAACCAUCGAACUUUUUCACAGCGCAAUCAGAUGUCGUCGACACCGAUUAGGAAACCAGAGAGAAGGGGAAAUUAUGAAUUACCUUUCCGUGGAUGUACAACGUGUUGCCGAUGCUGUGCAAACAAUAAAUGAUCUCUGGGCCCUGCCACUUCAACUAGCAUUUGCCCUUUAUUUAUUGUAUGUUCAGGUAUCUUUUGCUUUUGUCGCCGGGGUGGUUGUCACAAUUAUACUCAUUCCUGUAAAUAUGCAGCUGGCCAAGCGCAUUAAACACGUACAGACCAGUCUUAUGCGUGAGAAUGAUGAACGUGUACUGACUAUCACAGAGAUUAUGAACAAUAUUUUAUGCGUGAAAAUGUGCGGUUUGUCACAUAUCGUGCAGCGAUGGGUGGAGAUGCCACGAUCACGAUACAUGAAACUUCUUUCUUGGCUUAAGUUUCUGGACGCCUUCUGUGUCUUUUUCUGGGCUGUCACACCCACACUUGUGUCACUUCUUACUUUCAUCACGUUUAUCUGGAUGGGAGGAAAACUAACGCCUGGCAAAGCCGUCACCGCCUUGGCACUUUUUGGUUCCCUCAUCCUCCCAUUAAAUGCGUAUCCCUGGGUGAUCAAUGGCUUUGUGGAGGCGUAUGUUUCUUGGCAGCGUUUAAAGCCUUUUUUUUCCAGUUCAAAAGAUCAGGGCUGUUUUUUUGAUGGAACCACAUGGGUUAUACCUGGUGCCGGCGACGAAUUGGUGUUAGGUGACGUGAGGGAAAACAUAAUACAUACAAAUUUACUGGAAGAGGGACAGAAAAGUCUACAAAUGCCGGGGGAAAAUCAACCCCUUUUGCAGGCAACGAAUCAACUCAUGUGUGGUGUGCAUCCCGUGGAACAGCAUCAGUUAAAUAGCCCCAAACAACGGCAAGAGAUUAGCUCGGAUGUUUUGGUCGACAUUCAACAAGGGGUUUUGAUUUUAGCGGCAUCCAGUGGAGAUGAUGUUUUGGAGCAGUUGUUUACGUUGCGUAUUUCAAGGUUUCAGGCGUUGUGUGGUCAAUUGAUUGCAGUUGUGGGACACUCUGGAUCGGGAAAAAGUGCAUUUUUAAGUAGUCUGGCUGGGGAACUUCUUAUGACACCAACGUUUUCACUUACCGUUGCACGGAGUUCCAUGGCGUUUGUAGAGCAGGCACCUUUUUUAAUGGCGGGGACAAUACGUGAGAAUAUUCUUUUUGGGCUCGCAUUUGAUUCCGCAAGAUACGAGUCAGUGAUUAGGGCGGUGGCUCUUGACGAGGAUCUCCGUCAUAACUUUGCCCCAGAUUUGGAUCGUACAUUUGUGGGUGAUCGUGGUAGAAAACUGAGUGGUGGUCAAAAAGUACGUGUGGCAUUGGCCCGCGCUUUGUAUGCUAAUAAGGAUUUGUAUCUUGUGGAUGACUUUAUGGGUUGCCUUGACACGACGGUGGCUCACCACAUUGUUCAAGAGGUUUUUGUAACUGCAGCACAGCAAGGGAAGUGUGUCAUUGUUGUGACUCAUAAUGAGGAACUUAUACAUUACGCGGAUGCCGUGUAUGAGUGCGCAGGUGGAUGGC